UGGACCCAGAAGGAUGGAGGGAGAAGGCAGUAAUCCCGGGGCAGCGAUGGAUUCAGGUAACCCGUUACUGAGAGCCGUCUUCCUGCGGCGCCUGCGACUCACGCGCCUCCUCCUGGAGGGAGGCGCCUACAUCAACGAGAGCGACAGCCAGGGCCAGACGCCCCUCAUGGUGGCCUGCAGGACUCAGCACACCGACGCCCAGAGCGCCAGCCGGGUGAAGCUGAUCCAGUUCCUCCUGGAGAAAGGAGCGGACCCGGACAUCCAGGACAAAGAUGGCCGCUCUGCCCUGAUGCACGCCUGCAGGGAGCAGGCCGGCCCCGAGGUGGUGACCCUGCUCCUCGCCAGUGGAGCAGACAUCAGCCUGGAGGACCAGUCGGGGACGUCGGCGCUGGUCUACGCCGUCAUGGCGGGAGAAUGGAAGGUCCUGAAGCUGCUGCUGGACACCUGCAAGGCCAAAGGGAAGGAGGUGAUCAUCAUAACCACCAACAACCUCCCAUGUGGGAAACUGCAGGCCAAGCAGUACCUCAGCGUGGCUCCUCCCGACCACACGGACAAAACGGCAUCAGCAGCUCCUGCAUCGCCCUCUGAGAUCCAGCUCAUCACGUCCCCACAAUGCACCUCCUCUUCCUUAUGUCCCCCAAAGACCGUCUUCUCCUUUAAAGACGCCCAGCUCUGCGGCUCCCACCCGUGCUCCCCGUCCCGGUUUCAAAGGCUCGGCCAAGCGGCGGCCAACGGCCUGCAGCAGCCUCUCCUCAGGUUGAACUCCGAGCCCUGGCUGAAGAUCCCGUCAUCUCUGCUCAGCCAGCAGCCUCAAGCGCCUCCUGAAAACGGCAAUCAAGCUGAAGAAUUUGCUUUUAGAAUCCCCGAACUAGACAGCACAAAUUUAAACGAAAGCUUCAUGUGGUAUGAAGGAAGACUGUUGAAAGGCGAAGAAGGAAAAAAUGAAAGUGCCAAACACGAGGGACAGAAGAUCUCCUUACCGGGCCUCCUGUCGUCCCACUCCGCCUCCCACCCUAACCUCCACUCUACAAACCUCGUAACAGAUUCACUCGCCUCCUCUUCUUCCUUUUCUGGAGGCAAAAUCCUCGGUACUCCAAUCCAGAGGCGCGCGCUCGGGGCGGACAUCUACAGCUCUGACCCGCAGCUGGCCAGAGACGUCCACAGCCUGCCGGAGGAGUCCCAGCAGAGAGCCAGAGACCUGGCGGAGGGAAAGAGGCUGGCCCCCUUACGCUGCUCCAGCACGCUGGGCUCCAGGGAGUCCCUGGCCACCUCGGGGCCCAACAGGAAAGUGUUGUCUGGGUACGAGCGUAGAGGCUCUGGAGCCUUCUUGUUGGACCACAGCUCCUCCCAGGCCCGGCCCAGAUCUCUGCCCCCUCUGGCCCUCAACUCCACCAACACCCCCGUCCUUAAUGUUUAUAACCUCAACUCCAGCAAUGGAGGCGGCUUCUGCGAGUCCGGCCUAAAGAAUUUCCUCCCCUCGGCCCCUCCCGGACACCCCAAAGAGCUGACGAGGAGGAUGCUGCUGCGGAGACACUCGAUGCAGACCGAACAGUUCAAAAGCACCGCGUGAAACAACCCGGAGAGAAGAUGGUCAUCGUGUUUUGAGCGUGAAAUGUUUUGUCGUGUGAUGUCGUGUCUGUGUGGUGAAACCAAAGAGGAUACACGAGAAAAACUAAAGGAAGCUAAUCAAUGUAACGUACAAACUGCAGGUAACUUCUUCUGCUUGGGCGUGCUCUGUGUCGUCACUGUUGCUUCAGUCAGUGUGGAGUUUAACACUUCCUUAAAGCUGCUUUAAGAUCUUUUGGCCACUUGGGGGCAGCAGAGCAAGAAUAAAACAAUAUUUGACAUCGUGACGCACUAGAAUAUAUAAUCAAUAAAAGACUGUUUUACAGCUAUUACAAUAUGCCGUAACUUCACACGGGUCAUGUAAACAUAUUCUGAAUUACACAUUGGAUAUGGGUGGUUGACGUGAACUCAAAUUCAAAGUGAAAAAAAAGAAUAAUUCAAAAAUAUAUGUCAAAUGACAUACAAUUAUAUUCCCUUAUAUGUGAAUAAUUCAAAACUGAAUGUGUCCAUUUCUAAUUCUUCAUAUAUUUAGCAUAUUAUUAACUUUUUGGUGUGGUAGUCCUAAAAUGUGUCCACCGGUGCAACAAAAUAAAGAAUGUCACUAUUUAAUUCAGAGAAUGUUG